UUAAGGGGCGGACGGGCGGGAGGCCGGGGUCCUCCGGGGAUUAGAGCUGGUGGGCUCGCCGCGGGCGCCAUUUCUUGGCGUCUCCCGAGGAGCCGCCCCCUCCUCAGCCUUGCUCGGCUGUUCUCCCCGCUGGUCGCCGGGGCCGCGCCGGCCACCGCUCAGCGACAAAAAUGCUGAGUUUCUUCCGUAGAACACUAGGGCGUCGGUCUAUGCGUAAACAUGCAGAGAAGGAACGACUCCGAGAAGCACAGCGCGCGGCCACACACAUUCCUGCAGCUGGAGAUUCUAAGUCCAUCAUCACAUGUCGGGUGUCCCUUCUGGAUGGUACUGAUGUUAGUGUGGACUUGCCAAAAAAAGCCAAAGGACAAGAGUUGUUUGAUCAGAUUAUGUACCACCUGGACCUUAUUGAAAGCGACUAUUUUGGUCUGAGAUUUAUGGAUUCAGCACAAGUAGCACAUUGGUUGGAUGGUACGAAAAGCAUCAAAAAGCAAGUAAAAAUUGGUUCACCUUAUUGUCUGCAUCUUCGAGUUAAGUUUUAUUCCUCAGAGCCAAAUAAUCUUCGUGAGGAGCUAACCCGGUAUUUAUUUGUUCUUCAGUUAAAACAAGAUAUUCUCAGCGGAAAAUUAGAAUGUCCCUUUGAUACAGCAGUGCAAUUGGCAGCUUAUAAUCUGCAAGCUGAACUUGGUGACUAUGAUCUUGCUGAGCAUAGUCCUGAACUUGUCUCUGAGUUCAGGUUUGUGCCUACUCAGACUGAAGAGAUGGAACUGGCUAUUUUUGAAAAAUGGAAGGAAUACAGAGGUCAAACACCAGCACAGGCUGAAACCAAUUAUCUGAAUAAAGCCAAAUGGCUAGAAAUGUAUGGGGUUGAUAUGCAUGUGGUCAAGGCUAGAGAUGGGAAUGACUAUAGUUUGGGACUAACACCAACAGGAGUCCUUGUUUUUGAAGGAGAUACCAAAAUUGGCUUAUUUUUUUGGCCGAAGAUAACCAGAUUGGAUUUUAAGAAGAAUAAACUAACCUUGGUGGUUGUAGAAGAUGAUGAUCAGGGCAAAGAACAGGAACAUACAUUUGUCUUUAGACUGGAUCAUCCAAAAGCAUGCAAACAUUUAUGGAAAUGUGCUGUAGAGCAUCAUGCCUUCUUCCGCCUUCGAGGCCCUGUCCAAAAGAGUUCUCAUCGAUCAGGAUUUAUUCGACUGGGAUCACGAUUUAGAUAUAGUGGGAAAACAGAGUAUCAGACCACAAAAACGAAUAAAGCAAGAAGAUCAGCAUCCUUUGAAAGAAGGCCUAGCAAACGAUAUUCUAGACGAACUCUACAAAUGAAAGCAUGUACUACAAAACCUGAAGAACUUAGUAUUCACAAUAAUGUUUCCACCCAAAGUAAUGGCUCCCAACAGGCUUGGGGUAUGAGAUCUGCCCUGCUUGUGAGUCCUUCCACUUCCUCUGCACCUGUGCCAGUGGAGAUAGAGAGUCUUCCACGGAAUCCUGGAACAGACCAGCAUGACAGGAAAUGCAUUCCUCUAAAUAUUGAUUUGCUGGCUAGUCCAGACUUAUUGGAAACAACCAUUGGUGGUAUAUCUGGGGCAUCUGACAUUAUGGAUACAUUCCAAGCACCAAAUGACGUUAAUGUAGCCACCAGGCUUCCUGGAUUAGGGGAACCUGAAGUUGAGUAUGAGACAUUAGAAGACACCUCAGAGAAGAUCAAACAGCUUGAGAUGGAGAACAGUCCUUUGCUGUCCCCUCGACCCAACAUCGAUGUUAACAUAAACAGCCAGGAGGAAGUGAUGAAGUUGACUGAGAAAUGCCUUAAUAAUGUCAUUGAGAGCCCGGGAUUGAAUGCCCUGAGAGUUCCUCCUGACUUCAAGAGUAACAUUUUGAAGGCUCAGGUAGAAGGAGUACAUAAGGUUACAAGAGAAGAUAGCUUAUUAAGUCAUAAAAAUGCCGGUGUUCAGGAUGCUGCCACAAACAGUGCUGCGUUAAAUGAGAAUAAUGUGCCCCUCCCCAAAGAGUCUCAUGAAACUCUGAUACAUACUACACCUGCAGACAGUAGUUCUGUUCUAAAGGAAGCUACAGAUGAAUUGGAUGCCUUGCUUGCAUCUCUAACUGAGAAUCUAAUGGAUCACACAGUUCCACCUCAGGUAUCUUCCACGUCCAUGAUCACACCCCGAUGGAUUAUUCCGCAGAGUGGUGCCAUGUCUAAUGGACUUGCAGGACAUGAAACACCCUUGGCGGGAAAGGAGGGCCAUGGUAGUAAAGAUGGAAUCUCACUGAUCUCUCCCCCAGCGCCAUUCUUGGUAGAUGCUGUGACCAGCUCUGCUCCCACUCUGGCAGAAGAAGCUGUCCUGAAGCAGAAGUGUUUACUGACCACUGAGCUCUAAGGGCCCAUAGCUGGAAUACCCAGUUCUCUCCAGCAUUCCAUCCUGGGAUCCAUUUCAGCUAGAAUAUGUUGGAUUCAGGAGCUUGUCCAUUACUUGUAGGUAAAGAAAGACUCUAUGUAGAUUUGACUUCGACUCCGUAAAAAAGACAGCUGUAUUUUCCGUCCAACUGGAAGGGUUUAAUUACACUGGAUAGCUGAUAGCUGCCCAAAUGAGGGUGUUUGAUCUUUAACUUUCUGUACUUUUAUAAAAGUUAUGAAUUCCCAAAACAAGGGAAUUUCUUUUUCUGGGGUUUCCUUCAAACUCUUGGCUCCACCUAGCGGUUCUAAUUGUUCAUAAUGACUUUAUAACAAGGCUGCCUCUGGUAGUCAACAGCCUUUUGAAAGCUAUUUCCAUGUAGUAUCACGGUGAGGAUCUUUGAUCUGACUGCCUGUUAGAGAAAUUGCACUUUUCCCUAACAUACCUAGAAAUAAAGAAUUUAGGAAAUUAAUGUGGACACUAUAAAGGCAGACUUAGGGCCAACUUUAAAAAAAAAAAAUUAUAACACUAAAGAGAAGUUUAGUUUAGAAUAUAGAGAGUUUUUAAAUGUCUUCCAUUGUUUUGAUUUUUUAUUGUGUUGGCUAUCUUAAUAUUUCAAGUUCACAUCAAGAUAAACCCUGAGAAGAACUGCAGAGAAAUCAAAUAAAAUCUUGUUGUAUCUUUUCAACCUGCCUUUCCACAGGAAGCACUCAUAUGCACCACACACGAUUCUGUAACUUUUCAACCUGGAAUCGGGGUAGGUUACUGUUGAAGAGACCCUGGGGCAUUUACCCCAGGCAUCUACCCUCUUCCCUGAGCCAGGUAGGGAAUGCAGACCCCUGUAGGCUCAGGUAAUGAAGACACAGCACAGCAGUACUCCACAUUGGAACCUAUUUGGACAUAGAUUUCAUUUACUUUCAGUAUAAACUGAACAAAUUUAGAGCUUUCAAACUGGAAAAAAAAUUACAACAAAUUCACCAGAACCAAAAUAGGGAAUAGGAACAGGGGUGAUGGGGUGUUGUUUCUUAAAUACUUACCAUGUAUGAAACUCUACACAGCAUACUAAAAGAGCUUGCAUUGCAAAGGAAUUCUGUUAAUUUAAAAGAGAGCUCUAGAAUUUCCCCAUCCCUUUUGGCCUGUACAAAGAAAUUCUGGAUGUUAAAAUAACAUACACUCAUCAGAAAAAUUAAAGUAUAGCAAUGUCCAUCUAUAAUUCUGAUGCCCAGAAAUAACACUAUUUAGCUUUAUAAUUUUUGAAUGAACAGGUAAACCUCAGUUGCCAUGGGGAAUAAGGAUGAUGUGGAAACCAUAUUGGUAAAGUCGUUGUUAAUCCCUGGUUAUGGAGAACUGAUGUUAAGCUAUACCUUCUGGAAUUUGCUUUCUAGUUUUCUGUCCUGCAAUAUGUAAAUAAUUCAGCACAAAUUUGUACUGCUUAUCAUGAAAGAACAUCCAGUCUUAUGAUCUUUAAAACUUCAUGAUUUGGACUUUCCUGGGCUCCUUGUAACAUAAUGGUGUGCCUAGGCAAACCCACUAGUGUCCGACUGGAAAGCUCAGGAAUUUUAAUCUUGCUCUGUUUCCCAGGGAGCUGUAGUGAUUGGAACCCACUUUUGCACAAAACAUUUUUGCAGAAGGAAAGUCAACACUUCUUGCUGGCCACUUCCCCUUAGCCAUUAUGCUAAGCUUCUAAGUUUCAUUAGUGGGGCUCUUGCCAGUUCUCAACUAUAGGACAUAUUUUCUCAAAGCUGUAAGGGAUACCUAGAACUAAGGGCUUGACUCAGGACAUGAUGGAAUGGGCAUCAAGUUUUCAGUGUCUUGACAACUUAGAUUUCCUGCAGGGUUAUGGUUGUGCUGCUAACCACACAACAUCCUUAUUUUAAACUUCCUAAAAUUUAGGAAUUAGGUAGUUGGACAUAUUCUGUGACCUUUAUGUCUUUGCAUACCCAUAUUCUUGACAGUUAGAAUAUUGGUAGGGACUUUGUUAAAAUUCACUUGAAUCUCAAGCCAAGAGGAGAUUUUGUCUUAUGCCCUGACAUAAAAUGGUAAACACGGAAGUUAAUACUUGAAUGCUGAAUUGGCUCUGACAGAUUAGAUGCCUGUCAAGUACUGGUUUCCUGUCGUAGCUGCUGCUGCUGCCAUGCCCAGAGCUGCUUAACAGCUCUUCCUGUUCUGCUCCCCUGAGAACAGUGUGGUGGGGAGAGGCAGGGCUUAGGAGGUCUGUGAAUGUGGCAGGUAGGGAAGGGGAGAUAUCCGUCUCUUGAGAAGAGAGAAGCAUGUGUGAACCCAUCAAGGAUGCUGGCAAAGAGAGAGAUUGGAGAUGAUGGUGAGAAGCAGGCUGGUGACAUUGGGCUGAGGUCGGAGGAGGGGCAGCCAGGAGCACUCCUGACAGUUUGCUGUGUGCACUGCUCAGAGCACAGUUGGGGUAGAGGGUACAGAUAGUGCUGCCUCCCUGGGUGCAGACAGGAGAGGAACCUCAACUCAGCCCAUUUCCUAGCCCUGGUGGGGGAAGCGGGAGUUGAUAGGGUGGUUUAAAAUAAGAAGUGAAGGCUUCAGUUGUCUGCUCUAGACUUUGCCUGAGAUCUUGUAAGUUAAUCAGUGAGACCAAAUUUGUGACAUGUCAAUUGCAUCACCUUUGGACAUACAGGAGGUCAUGAUCAUUUCAUUCCUGCUCUUCAGGAGACACUGCUAAACAGAGGAAUGAUUCCGUUCCCUGUGUGCUUAUUUCCUUAACACUUACACAUCUUUUAAGAAAAAAAGUUUAAAACUAUUUCUUAUAGUCUCCUAACAUUUGUCUCUAGCCUUUGCCGUUGUACAGUCACAGAUAUCCUACGGACAUUGAAAGGUGAAAGCCCUGCAUUAUUCUUGGGUUCUUGGAUCUGGACUGCUUGUUCUCUUAUGCUUCUCACUUCUGGCUAAAACUUGUACCUCCUCUCUUAGCUAAGCCCCAAAAUGAAAGUUCUGUUACUCCUUCAGAAAUCUGGCUAGUGGAAUUAUUUGUCAGUCACAGAGAGGAAAAUCUUUGCUAUUUUUCCAAGUAAGAGUCUCGAGAAGCAGAGUUUUUGUCUUGUCAUUGAGAGGAGUCAGCAGUCUUAUUCUCUAAAAGACCACAGAUGGUAAAUACUGUACCACUCAGCUCUGCUGGCACAGCACAGCAGCAGCUCCAGCACAGCUGUGUUCCUGCGGAGUUUCCUUUACAAAGCCGCUGCUGACCUCUGAUAAGAAGCUUUGUAGAGCAGUAGAGUGGCUGCGUGAAGUGGGAGGCAGGCAGGUAUUCAGAUAGGUUCUGAGCAUUACCUGUCACUAGAAGGCAGCCAGCACUUCUGGACGUUGCAUCCUUAUUUACACAUGUGGCAGCUGAACAAGGUGCUGUUGUGGGUGUCUCCGCUCUGAGUCUUUCUGAGUUCCCACCAAUUUUUAAUUAAUCAUGCCCAUGGUCAUGUAGUUGCUUGGAAAUCUGGGGUCAUCUGCAGACUGAAAAGUACACAUUUCUAUAUUAUUUGUCUUUUUUAUCCUCUCAAAAAUUUAAACACUAGUUCUUGAGUGAUCAGAAGAUAGUUGGGAACUUUUCCUGUAUAUUAGCCAUCAGGAUGAGAAAAUUUGUUUGAAUUAUAGAAAUUUGCCCUGAGCUGAACUCGGCUAUGUUAACACAUUGGUAGUGCUGGGAUUCCGUCCCAAUUCUAAAAGAUAGGAUCUGUAAGUCCCUGUGUCACCACAUUACUUGAGAUGAUCUUUCAAUCACUUGUCAGGAUUUAUCCUUUUCACAGAGAGUUUUUUUUAUAGCACAGAUCUCUUUGCCCUUUGUAUCUCCUUAUCUGGAUAUGAUAGGUGGUUAUGAAGGCCUCACUAACUAUUUUGUGUUUACCUUUUAUAUGUGUAAAACUGCAGUAGCGUUGAAAGUGUAAUUUAUUUUUCUAUCAAGUGCACUAUUCAUUUAGUGUGUUCCAGUUUUAUAUGACUUGUAUUAGAAACACUGCACUGAGCUAUUUGUACACUGAAAUGAGAAGUCUAGAUGUAACACUUCAUUCAAAUAAAAUGUGUGAGACAUUCA